GAAUCAAUGAUCACCAUCGCCAUUCCAAUCAUGACACUGUUGCUUUUGACCAAACUGCAUUCAUUGCGGGCGCCUGCUAUUAAGAAUUUGGUGCCCGGUGAGAUCAUCCGUGACGGCACAAGGGAUAGUUCAUCAAACGGACGUAUGCAGUGUCCAGUGAACUGGCAUCGUUGAAAAACAAACGCCCCCAAAAUAGAGUCCAAUACCUCAACUUCCUCAAGUCCCAAGCAACUACCGCAGUCUGGCGACGGGCAUCGUUGAUCGGCCAUUCCGAACAAUCGCGAUUCGUCCCAACCCCCAAUCUCCGAUCGUCCGGUCGUCUCCCGUCGCACCACGCACGGCCGCACCUGCUGGUCUGCAGCUCUGCUCUUUGCCUGCAUCCCUUCGCCAGUCCGCCACUCUUCUUCUCUUCAAAUUUCAGGUACAGUAAAUUCAACCAGUGUGUACUGUGUGUUUAUCAGUUUAUGCCGUUUAUGGUCAUAUGGAAGGUAUGCAUGACUGGCCUUUUCCGACUUGGAUGAUAUUAGUAUGAGCAGUAGUAUAGGCUGCGCAGCUGGAGCUAUCGAGACUUUUUUGCCUGAACCCUCGCCGAUGGACGUAAACGCCCUCAAGCUCUUAUCAGAAACUCUAGAAUCAAUAUUUGAGACCUCUUCUUUCCCAGACUUUGACUUCUUCGCUGACGCAAAGCUGGUGGCAGUAGGCGGGAAGGAAAUUCCAGUGCACAGGUGUAUAUUAUCUGCAAGAAGUCCGUUCUUUAGGAAUCUAUUUUGUGGGAAAGAUAAAAGUGUGAAACUGGUUUUGAAAGAGUUGAUGAAGGAGUAUGAGGUGAGCUAUGAUGCAGUGGUGACUGUUUUGGCUUACCUUUAUUGUGGAAAAGUUAGAGCUUCACCAAAGGAUGUAUGCAUUUGUGUUGACAUUGAGUGCUCACAUGAAGCUUGUAGGCCGGCCUUGGAGUUCAUGGUGGAGCUUUUAUAUGCUUCCUUUACAUUCGAGAUAUCAGAACUGGUUGCAAAGUUUCAGACUGGCUAAGUUUGUGAGGCAAGGAUGCAGCCCCAAAACUAUAGAGAUUGGCAGAAGGUGUCUUGAGGCCAUGGACUCCCCAGGACUGCCACACCGACAUGUGCCCCUUUUUGGUGUAGCAACGGGCCUAAGAUGGUAACCCACAAGUUCAUUGUUGAGGACCCACAGACUGCUACAUCUUGAAGGCAGCUUUUAGAUAUUCUAAAAAAGGCUGCUGCAGAUGAUGUAUUGAUGGUUUUUUCAGUUGCAAACACGUGUGGUAUAAGGUGUGAGGCAUUAAUGUCCAGUUGCAUGGAUAUUAUUGUCAAAUCAGAUAUAGAUACAAUCACCCUUGAAAAAGCACUGCCUUGUCAAAUUGUGAAACAAAUUACUGAUUCCCGUACAAAGCUUGGUUUGCAAGUGCCAGGAAGCAACAGGUUUCAUGAUAAACACGUGAAGAGAAUAUACAGAGCUCUGGACUCAGAUGAUGUUGAAUUGGUCAGGAUGCUAUUAAAAGAAGGACAUACUAAUUUAGACGAUGCAUAUGCUCUCCACUAUGCUGUAGCUUAUUGUGAUGCAAAGACUACAUCAGAGUUACUUGAUCUAUCAAUUGCAGAUGUGAACCAUCGAAACUUGAGGGGAUACACAGUGUUGCAUGUUGCUGCAAUAAGAAAAGAUCCUAAAAUUGUAGUGUCCCUUUUGACAAAGGGAGCUAGACCUUCUGAUUUGACAUCAGAUGGAAGGAAAGCGCUUCAAAUUGCAAAGAGGCUCACUCGUGCCAUGGAUUAUAAAAAACCUGUAGAGCAAGGAAAAACUACCCCAAAGAAUCGGUUGUGUAUAGAGAUUUUGGAGCAAGCAGAAAGAAGGGAUCCACUACUAGGAGAAGCUUCUGAAUCUCUUGCUAUGGCUGGUGAUGAUCUGAGAAUGAAAUUGUUGUACCUUGAAAAUAGAGGGUUCUUUUGAUCAGUUGGGCUGGCUAAGCUUCUCUUCCCAAUAGAAGCUAAGGUUGCAAUGGAUAUUGCCCAAGUUGAUGGUACGUCAGAGUUCCCUCUAUCUUGCAUCAACAAGAAUAUGGCUGAUGCGUCAAGGAGAAUGACUGUGGAUUUGAACGAUGUGCCUUUCAAACUCAAAGAGGAGCAUCUGAAUCGGAUGAGGACACUUUCCAAAACAGUGGAACUAGGAAAACGCUUUUUCCCGCGCUGCUAUGGGAUUCUCAAUAAAAUCAUGGACAAUGAUGAUUUAUCAGAGAUAGCUUGCGUUGGGAAUGAGACUCCAGAAGAGCAUCAAUCAAAGAGGCAAAGGUAUAUGGUACUUCAAGAAAUUCUGAGCAAAGCUUUCACAGAAGAUAAAGAAGAGUUUGAUAGGGCUAAUGCUUCCUCAUCCUCUUCCUCAACUUCUCUGGCUGCUGCAAAUCCUGAGGGGAAGCUCCCCUUUAAGAAGCCAGGUUGGUAAAUAGUAUGGUAGGUAUCAGCAGAGAGAGAGCAUUUUGUCAUUAGUUGGUCUGUAAAUACUCACCACAAGUACUAAAUCACUUUUUAUUUUCUAUUUUCACUAAUCAUAUAUACAGAAUAAUAAUAUAAUGAGUUCUGCAUCCAUUCUCUGUUCCUAACUGUU